AUGACUACCGGAAAUAUUAGUUUCGAGGACUACCUCGGUCUACAGGCCUGCUUAGUCGAGUGGGCGGACAGCUACGACACCAAGGACUGGAAUAGACUACGAGAGUGUAUAGCGCCUACUCUGCGCAUUGACUACCGUUCGUUCCUAGACAAGCUCUGGGAGGCGAUGCCGGCCGAGGAAUUCGUGACUAUGAUUUCGUCCCCGGCAGUGCUAGGGGAUCCGCUGCUCAAGACACAGCACUUUAUUGGUGGCUCCAAAUGGGAGAAGGUAUCGGACACAGAGGUCAUAGGCACACAUCAGCUGCGCGUGCCGCACCAGCGGUACACAGACCCGACGCGCAGCCAGGUCGCUGUUAAGGGUCACGCUCAUUCUACCAACGUCCAUUGGUACCGCAAGGUUGACGGUGUCUGGAAGUUUGCUGGUCUCAAUCCCGAUAUCCGCUGGAGUGAGUACGACUUUGAGAAGGUGUUUGCUAAUGGCCGCGAGGAGUUUGGAGAUGCCAUUGCUGCGAAGGCAGAGGGUAUCCCGGUUAAGUUAGAGGGCCUUGCGGCUCGUGUAUAA